AUGGCUUCCAAAGCACUUGCUGGAUAUCAGUCUGCACAAUUACAAGUACCUUACAAAAAGAGGUUUUCUGGUUCCUCACAUGAUUGGUUAGUUACCGUGGAAGAAAAUUUUGGCUUAACCAUAAUCAACCCAUUCUCUAGUGCCACCAUUCAAUUUCCUCCCAUCAUGGACCGUUCAAUUUUCAAAGCACCAAAAAUUGAUGUAGAGUAUUUUGUUACAAAGGUUAUAUUGUCAGAUGACCCUACUUCGUCGCCUAAUGACUAUAUUGCUACCGCCAUCUAUGGUGAUUGCAAAACACUGGCAUUUAUUCGGGUCAGAGAUGAAGCUUGGACUUACAUAGAUAAAAAGAGAUUUCAGAUCAUCUCUGAUGUCAUAUAUUAUGAAGGACAAAUUUUUGCAGUUGAUUAUAAUGGUGGAAUCCUAAUGAUUGAUGUUAAUAGAAGGGCUGGGGAGAGUAUGGCUCCACAAGUGGAGGUAAUUGGACCAGACACUAAUGUGUACUCUCAACCGAUGUAUCUCGUCGAAUCAUCUAGGAGUGAUUUACUUCUUGUUUAUAGGUUUUUAGAAUAUGAUGAUGAUUCACAGCAUACAACUUCAGGGUUUAAGGUCUUCAAAUUGCUCUUGGACCAAUUUGAGCAAGGUUGGCAUAAACAGGUUGAAGUGAAGAGCUUGGACGGAGAUACUUUGUUUUUGAGAGACAACCAUUCCAUUUGUGUUUCUGCUUCCAAAUGGCCCGGAUGCCAAGCAAAUUCCAUAUGCUAUACAGAUGAUUAUACUAACAUUCAUUUCCAUCCCCCAUCUGGGCGCCGCGACAUUGGUAUCUACAACAUGGAGAAUGGAAGUUUUGGGACGCAUUACAUCCUUGAUCCUUCACAUAAGCAUAUGCCACCCUCAAUUUGGAUUGCUCCCACUACUGUAUUUCAUAAGCCUCUUUUGAGUAGAAUCUAA